GAUAUACGGGGAGCACGUGUGCGGCAAGAUGGAGGGUGAUAGUGUGCAGUUUAGCAGUUCUAGUGUAACAAGUAGUGUUAUAAUUCCACUCUCCGUUUUUGCCAUGGGUGAGACAAUGGGAGAUCCCGUUAAAAGGUUUAUUUGUUCAUUUCCUGACUGUAGCGCCUCCUUUAAUAAAGCCUGGAAGCUGGAGGUGCACCAGUAUAAGCACACUGGGGAGAGGCCGUUCGUGUGCGAUUAUGAGGGCUGUGGUAAGACGUUCACCCGCAGUUUUCACCUGACCAGGCACCAGAUAACCCACAGCGGGGAGAAGCCUUUCCGGUGUCCAGUUGAGGGCUGUGAUGAAGUCUUCCCCAUAAACUGUAGCUUGAAGAGGCACGUGGCUCGCAUACACGAACACCAGGGCAAGCCAUAUAUUUGCAAGUACGAGGGUUGUGGGAAAUCAUUCAAGAAAAACAACCAGCUGAAGUCCCACGAGUAUGAACACACCAAUAUUUUGCCUUUUAAGUGUAGCUUCGAGGGCUGCGACAAACGCUUUCUCAUCCCCAGCAAGCUGAAGCGACACGAGAAAGUCCAUCGAGGUUACCCUUGCAAAGAAGACGACUGCUCAUUUGUGGGCAAGAACUGGACGGAGUACUUGAAGCACAAGAACGCCUUGCAUCAAGAGUUGCUGCAGUGUGACCAGUGCAGCCGGACCUUCAAGAGAAACAGACUCCUGCAGGAGCACCAGAGGAUCCACCAGGAGGGCCGGCCCAUCCUGCACUGCCCCCGGGAGGGCUGCCAGCGCACCUACACGACCCCCUUCAACCUGCAGAGCCACAUCCUGUCCUUCCACGAGGAGCAGCGGCCCUUCGCCUGCCCUCACCCGGGCUGUGGCAAGGCCUUCGCCAUGCGGCAAAGUCUGCAGCGACAUGGUGUUGUGCACGAUCCGGAAAAGAAGAAGCUAAAGAUCCCGCGGCCGAAGCGAAGCAUGGCCUCAAGACUCAGCGGGUUCCAGCCUUGCAAGGAUGAGAAGAAGCUCGCCCAGCUCCUCCAAGCUACCUCCCUGGAGUCGGAGGAGCAGAGUACUUAACGGCCCCUCCUGUCGGAGACAUCUUGCCAUACGGAGUGAAGUCUUGGAUCUCGUUACCAAAUCACCAGUGUUAAUUCUGUUUUCCCCAACCUUAAGCUUUUUUUUUUAGUUGCAUUAU